AUGGCGGUCAUCCAAACUCAUUGCGAAGACUGGGCUCGCUGCUGCGCGAUCACGCUGAACGAGCUCGACCGCGGGUCUGCUGAUCCGCAUCCUCAGGGACAGCGGGCCAGUGCCGGGCAGGAGCGCAGCUUGGGUAUGAUCCAGGCUGCGGUUGCUGAGCUCGGACGGCCGCCCGCCGACCUGACUCGCCAGGGAGCCCUCGCGGAGCUCCUGGCCAAGCGCAGCUACACCGGCGAGAAGGUGUCUUCGGCCUUGAAGCGUCCGUACUACGAUCCUUCGUUGCAGGGGAGGCCGCGCCGGCAUGCGCGCCUCCUCGCGGCCCUUGACGGCGCAGGCGUGCUCGAGUGGAGGCGGCACGGAUCGCCCCGAGUAGGCCUGUUUACUGUUUGGAAAAAGAACGGCAAGCAAAGAUUGAUUGUCGACGCUCGGUUGUCUAACUUGUGCUUCGCUUCUCCUGAUUCUGUCGACCUUGCCACAGGCGGAUCUUUCGCGUCCCUCGAGGUUGACCCUGGGCCCCCAGUGUGCCUUGCUCAGGUCGACAUCCAGGAUGCCUUUUACCACCUCCUCCUCCCUCCUGAGCUCGUCCCCUUUUUCUGUCUCCGCCCUGUCACCGCUGGGCUCGCCGGAGUCGUUGAGCUCGACGGCGCCCCUGUCUCUCCGACCCAGCUCGUGUACCCACACCUGCGUGUUGUGCCGAUGGGGUGGAAUCACGCCUUGUGGUGGUGUCAGCGAAUUCAUGAAUUUCAUGCCUCUCGGCAGCCCGGCGUGUCCCUCUCUAACAAGCUCUCGGAUAAGAAACCCGGGGUGCGUCUGGGCCGCUCGGGGUUUGCUCACACUGAAUACGUAGACAACUUCGCGGCCAUCGGGCGCCAGGCCAAGGAGGUCGACGCUGUGGCCGAUUCCGUUCUAGACGCCCUGACCGCCGCUGGGCUCAGCAUGCAUCCUCGCGAGAGCUCAGUCGGCGGGUCCGUCUUGGGAUGGGGAUUCAGUGACGAGCGCCCUCAGGUUCGUGUGAGCCCUCGCAGAGCGUGGAGGCCCCGACUCGGCAUUGAGGGGCUCCUAGAGAAGGGCUUUGCUACAGGCAGGGACCUCGAGGCCAUCAUAGGACAUUUCACGUUCGCCGCUCGAAUUCGACCAGAGGCCCUGUGCGUGUUCUCUGCUGCGUACGCCUUCAGUCAGCGGGGGGCCGACACUCGCCGUAGGUUGUGGACUGCCUCCAUCGCGGAGGCUGGCCGGUGGUCGGACCGGUGGCGCUUCUCGCGAGGGGCCGAGGAUCGCGUUCGGCCGAGAGACGCCUCGCUCCGGGAGGAGCUGAACUUAGCCGCGGCGGCCGGUCUGGACGACCUGGAUCGCGUCGGGACGGCUCGGCACCUGGAAGCCCUCGGUGGGGUGGAUCGGAGCGGGGCCGUCCCGGAGAUCGGGCCCGAAAUCCUUCAGGGAUCCUGGGCCACCGUUUCGGCCGGUCGCUGGAAGCGUCGGGAGGCGAUGCCCAUCUUGGAAGGGCGCGCUCUGGUCUGGGGGGUCCGGCAUGUGAGCCGGGGUUUAAGCGAGUUUGGCAAGCGGAUCCUUUUUCUGAUCGACGGGUUGUCCGAGGUCCUGGCCCUUGAGAAGGGCCGAUCGUCGAGCGUGGCCCUGAUGAGAGUGUGCAGGCAGUGGGCGGCGACGGUGUUUGCGGCCGAUCUGUAUCCUCGGGUUCGGUGGAUUCGGUCUGAGUUGAAUGUCUGCCUGAGCCGGAUGGCGACCGGUGCCCCGAUCCCGUCGGCCCCGUGGGAUGCGGCCCUGGCGACCGACAGCCUGGCGAGGCCGGGCGGGGCUGCGGAGCGGCGACCCGUCCAGGGCGAGCCGCCGACCCUGUGGCGAGCGGCGGCGCUGUCACAGGCUGGCGCGCGACCGCGCCCACCCCAUGGGCGGGCCCGGGCAAAGGCAGCGGCGAGACAAGCCAAGCCUCGGCCCGAGGAGCUGGCCACGAGGGGGGAGCGCGCCGCUGCCCGGCAAGCGAAUUUCCCCGUGGACAAGCGAGCGACAGUCAGCGAGGGCCUCUCGCUGCUCGAGAGGGAGAGCGCGGGCGACCACGACCAGCGGGUCUGCCAGUCGGCGCUCGCGGAGUUCAGGAUCUUCUCCGAGACCCUGGGCCUGCGCCUCGAGACCGCUCAGGACUACGACGAGGCAGCCGUGGAGUGGACCUACCUCGCUGUCUUCGACGGCAGCGACGCGCUGGAGGGGACAAGGCGGCUGGGGUCGCCGCGGAGCCAGCUGCCGCUGCCGGGGGAGGUUGCCUGCGCGGUGGCACACAGGCUCGCGGCAAACCAGGACCUGCACGCCGCCCGCCUCGUCUUCGUGAGUUUCGUGUUCGGCCUGCAGCCCGCGGAGCUGAUGUCGCUGACCGGGCGGCAAGUGGCGCCGCCGGCGCGGGCGGCCGGCCACGCCGCGUGGUCGCUCGUGCUGUUUCCGAUGGAGGAGGAGACGCCCAGCAAGGACGGCGCCUUCAACGGGAGCGUGCUGGGCGACCUGCCGUUCUGCCACCUCAUCGGGGACGUGCUGAAGCCGCUCGAGGCCGGCGUCAACGACAGGGACCUCAUGGCGCAGGUGCGGUACGCACACCUGGCGCAGGCGUUCGGCACGGCGGACCAGCGGCUCGGCCUCGAGAGCCCGCCGCGCCUGUACCUGCUGCGGCGCGGCGGAGCGCCCGUCGACCUGGCCAGCUACCGCCGCAGCAUCGCGGAGGUGAGGGCUCGCAGCCGCUGGGCAAGCGACAGCUCGGCGACGGGGUACGGCAAAGGGGGCCGCGUCGCCGGCCAGCUGACCAAGUUGCCACCGCCGUUCCUCGACCACGCCAUCGUCCGCGCCAAGAAGAAUGGCGGCAUCCCCUGCGAGCACUGCCGCGGCUCCGGCAAUUUCAGCCGGGCCUGGCGACGGCGGCAGCGCGCUCUGGGCGAUGCUAUUUUCGAGUGGGACAUCCGCUGGGGAGACGAGUAUGACCUCACUCGCCAGCGGGCGCAGCGCCUGGUGCGAGGCUGGGUCAACAACGGGCUAAUUGCUGCCGUCUGGCUGGGCACCCCUUGCCACAGCUGGAGCCGAGCACGGGACAUUCGACCAGGGCCCCCGCCCUUGCGAAGUGACCUGCACGUGAUGGGGUUGCCCGACCUUGCGCCCCGUGACGCUGAGAAGGUUAGGAUCGGCAACGCCCUCAUGAAGUUUUCAGCCUCGCGUGACGAGCCUCCCCGGUUGCCGCCGAAGCCGAAGCCGAAGCCCGCUGGCGCGAGCGAGAAGGCCACGGACGACGCGGGCGCGAAGAAGGCCAAAAAGGCCAAGAGGGGCGACGCCGGGGAGAAGCCGAAGGCCGCCGAGGAGCCCGCGAAGGCCCCGAAGGCCGCGAAGGGCGCGAAGGCCGAGGAGAAGGCCGAGAAGGGCGCGAAGAAGAAGGACAAGAAGCCGGAGCGGGGCCGCUCCCGGAGCCCUGUCCCGGCGCAGGCCAAGAAGAAGAAGGGCAACCUCAAGAGGAAGGAGAGCGGGAGCAGCGCCGCCGGCUCCACGGAGGAGUCGGCCCCCUCGCCGCCGCGGAAGAAGGCGAAGAAGCCCUCCCCGCCGCGGAAGAAGGCGGCCCCGCGGAGGAGCCCAUCCUCAUCCGAGAAGGGCAAGCGGAAAAAGAAGCGAGGAGAGGAGGAGCGGAGACGAAAGCCCAGCCGCGGCAGAAGUCCCGCCAAGGGGGGCAAGAGGAGGCGUUCGCCUUCGCGCGCCCGCGGCCGCCGGAAGGGGCGCAGCAGCAGCAGCUGA